CUAAAAGACAUGCAGUAAGAAAUAAGACUUUCAUUCGGCACCUGUUUAGUAGUGAAAUCAAGUUCAAACACAGAAAUGAGACACGUGGCCGGAUGAAGAAAAAGAACGCCCAGAACGGAGUUCCGGCACCUUUUUUGGAUGGAACCUUGUAGGGUAGGCAAGACAAUGUCUUUUGACAAAGGUCCAACUUCUUCCAGAUCAUGGGAAUAUCUAAAGUAUUGUUGGUUUUAAACUUACUUUUCUGUAAGAUUCCCCAAAGCCUUCUUUCUCAUCGGUGCUUACCUAAAGGGCCAGGUAUCAUAAACUGUUCUGGGCGUGUAUGGAUAGAACCAGCCCCAAUCAUUGAAAUGGGCCAUAAUGUUUCUAUAAAUUGUCAUUGCAUGGAAAACAACUGUCAGAAAGGGGUACUAUCUCUGAGCUUAAAUAACGCCAAUGUCGAGGAUACACUCCUGUCCGUUAUAAAUCAAACUACAGUUCAGCUCAAACUUCAGAAUUAUAAUGAGCCCUUUUCUAUAGUUUCAUGCUAUCUCAAAAGUUCCGGAAGCCGACUGAUAUGUGGAACACAGUUUUGCAUGGGAUAUUUGCCUGACAAACCAGCCAAUUUAACCUGCAUUAAACCUGAGCAAUCAAAUAAUGUGGUCUGCACCUGGAACCCAGGGAAGACAACACACUUAAACACUAGCUACAUUCUGUAUGUGAAAAGUUUAUUCACAGAAGAGAACAAGGGAUUUGUCUCAAACAGAAGCUCGGUUAUUAUUCCAUUGAAUCAACUACAGAAAAAUGAAACUCUUUCCAUCUCAGUCCAUGCUGAAAAUUACUUGGGUGGAAUUCGUUCAGAGGAACAUCAUGUUGAUCUCAACAGUAUAGUAACACCAGCUGUACCUGUUGUUGUUCAAAAUAAAACAAUAGAGUCUCCAGCAUUCAAGACUAUAAUACAUUGGAAAAGGCAAACAGCAAUCAAGGAGACGUAUUGUGAGGAGCGAUAUAAAGAGACAAUAAGUGACACUUGGCAUGUGAGAGACUGGGAUGCUAAUUUAAGAAACGAACUUUACACUGAGUACAACUUAGAUGCAAAUACAAAGUAUGAGUUUCAAAUUAGAUGCAAACUAACUCACCCCAGAAGCUUGUGGAGCAGAUGGAGUGAGUCUACAGUAUAUCUUACUCCAGAGAAAGAACCAGCUGCGGUACUUGAUGUAUGGAGGAAAUUUGGGCCAGUUAAUCCCAAUAGUACCCAAGAGGUGACUGUCCUGAUCAAGCCACUGUCUCCAAAGGAAAGCAGAGGAAAAAUUCUGAAUUAUAGAAUAUUUUAUGAAAAACAAGGAGAGAAUGUGGAUUUAUGUAAAACAACAGAAAUACAUUGCAAAGUGAUGGUGCCCCCAGCAGUGACCGUUAUUUAUGUGACAGCACGCAAUUCCAAAGGAAGUUCCAAACCUGCAAAUAUUAUAGUGAAACAAUUACCUCACAAUUAUCAAGCUUUCCCACCGCCUACUAAUAUUGAAAUAUUCACUGAUAAACAGAAAGGAAUUUCUGUUCAAUGGGAACCCCCUGAAUCUAUUGGAAAAACACUUUUAUGGUACAUAGUGGAAUGGAUUUCUGCAGACUUCAGUCAUUUUCAGCAUAGCAUUGCAUGGAAGAAAGUCCCUUUCCAAAAUACGUCAACUUCUAUUGAAGAAAGCAUCAGAAUGGGAAAGAGCUCCGCCAUUUCAGUAUAUGCUGUGUAUCAGAAUGGCAUCAGCCGAGCCAGCUCUAUUCAGACACUGAUGAAAGAAAAGAAUGAACAACUUAACAUUUCCCGAGGAAGGAGCCUUGCAGUCACCAGAGGCAAUGAUGAUUACGAUACUGGGAUUCUGUUGGGAACUGGUGUCGGAGUGGCUUUCUUAUCAAUCUCUGUUUUCACUUUGAUUGCAAUUAAAUCGUGCAGGAAAAGGGUUAACAAAAUGGUUAGCUCGGUAGCACCAAAAUGGCUUUUUGAAGAAUUUCCUAGGAUGCAGAACAGCAAAGUGAUCAAAGAUCUCCAGGAAAACGAUGCUGUGACAGACAAUUUUUCCGAGCAAUUUUUGGAUGUUGUGGUAACCGAAGUUGAAGAAAUAUUGAUGCAGAACCACUAUAAGGCUGUGGAGAAAAAAAAGGGGAGAAGCAAAACAGUUUCUGAGAAAGUUAGUAUUUCAGAAAAUGUACCGUUCGCCAGCAGUUCAGACGCAAGAAAUGGGUACAAACCUCAGACUUCUAAUAAGGCUCAAUUAGGAACUACUUUCAGCACCACCAGCGAAACACCUUUUCAAAACUGGGGCACCAACUCAAGUUCAAUAGCUUCGCCCAUAAACAAUUUAAGGAAAGAUUAUACCAGUCCUGUGGCCCCCGCGUGGCCUAUUGUUGAUCCCAGUGAAAAUAAGUCGUUAUUUGAUAAAAUCAGUCUCAUUCUCAGGAAUAGUGGAAGUGGGCAGAGCAGGAUUGGCUCAAAAGAUGAAGACCCAAGUACCCAAAAGGCAAACCAGUUGAGGUUUCUGCUUUCAGACGAAGAUAUUCAAGAGCAGACUUUAAUACCAGAUAGUCUACUCUCUUGCUUAAAAACAACAAGUGAAGACCCCACCAACAUGUCUUAUUUCCCUCAAAACACUUGUUUACUAUGAGGAGUGAAGAGAGAGGAAAAAGGAUACACGUUUUGCACAAGCUCUGCAUUUUCAAGCAGCGUAACUCAAGGUUCUCCAUUAUUUGAACAAAACUGAAAAAAGUAAAGUCGCAGCCACAAUCUCAGCCUUCAUCUCUCAGGUUAAUUCAUGUUUAUACAUUGAAUUAGGAGAGAUCCAUAAGUCAACUGAAUAAUCUUCUCAGAAGGCAAAAUGAUUUAUCAUAAAGUUGCUUUACAAUUCAAGACUAUAAAGAUAAAACUGCAAAACGUGAAGCCCAACUUUUUGCAGAAUAAGGAGGUAUUACAAAUGAGCCAUAGCAACAGGAUGCAUGUACAAGAUAUACCUCAGGGUCACAAUCAACCAUGAAGGGAAAAAUCCCAGUUAUGAGGAGCAGCUAGAAGAAUCUGACCAAAUCCAGAUGUUAUUUCAGCAACCUGACAUACAGUAACCUCUUGGCUCUGAAGUCAUCAAAGACCAUGCCAAAUAUCUAUCAUUUGUAAUGGGUUGCAGGAAGGCUCCUCAAAUUUAAACCUCUGAGGAUCAAAGAAGUCAUUUACUGCUAUUGAUUAUGUUUCCUUACCCAUCUAGGUAACAUCAUCAGUUCUGAUAUUACCUAGUUGGGUAAUAAAACAUCUGCAAGCAAAUAACCAGCUUAGAGAGCACCUAUAACUCCAAGUUCAACCCUGAGCUACAGAUAUUCACUUUUAUUGGAACUAUUCACUAGCAGUGGGAAAUGAACCAUUAUGUAUCCUUUCAUUCUCAUCUGUAAUAAGGACUCUAGUCAAGCUGAACUGCAUCCUACUAAGGCAAACCAAGGAGUCAAGCUUAGUCUUGAAGUUUCAGGAGAUGACACAUGCCACUCCUCUGGGCCAAUUUGGCCUUGCUUUGAAAAGCUACUGAGAAUUGCUUAAGUGGCUAUUCCUUCUCUGUGGAUGAAAGAGCAAACUGCUCUUAUUGUCAUCUUAGGAGUUCUCUUAACCUCAAUGACAUGGAUCCCAUUCUUCCAAUCAUCACUGCACUCCCUCAAAGGACAAGGAGGUGCAAACUUUUUGGUAACAUUGGUGCAACAAUAAGGAAGCAUGUUUGCACCAUGCCAAAGAAAUCUACAGUGUGACCAUAUGUGGAAUAAUGUAUGUAACUCUGGGUGCCCAGUUGCAAACAUUGUGCUGAACAUCCCAAAAGGCUGGAGGAAAGGAGACUGCAAAAACUCACUGUCCAAAUUAGAAAAAAAAAUAAUGGUUUAUAAGAGAUAUUUUAGAAUUAUAGACAAUUAUAAAGUAGAGAAAAUGGACAGAGAUGAUGCUAUUGUUUUCUCUUAUAAUACAAAAAGCCAGGGAUACUGGAAAAGGGAUAUGGAACAGCAAAACAGCAAAACACAUGAUGCAUAGUUGAACUAUGAAUUAGCUUUUUCAGAAUAUCUUGAUGGCUACCAACCUAGAGGGCUUUAAAAGGAAAUUAAGCAGACCGAUGGAAGACAUAUUGGUGGAGGGCUGCUAGACACAAUUGCUAUUUCUAGAAUUUGAGGUUAAGAGCACUGAAUACCAGUUCUUGGAUACAUGAGUGGAAAUAAUUCUAUGUGAUAGCUUCCUUUUGGAACUUAAUCAUUUGGAAAAGCAACAUGUUGGACUACAUGGGCAUUUAUAUGAUCCAGGGGAGCUCUUUUCUAUACAUGGUGUAGUAAUAUCUGACCCAGGCUUCAUGGUCUUUUAAAAGAAAGCUAGGUAUUGAUUAAGGAGCUCAUUUUAAAAUUUGUUAAAUGCUACUUUAACAUUAAUCUGGAGAUAUCCCAUCGGAACAUGUCACCUUCGAAAAUACUGAAAAAUAUGAAUGGCUUCCUAGAAAUGGAAAUACCUAAAUACCUCUCUAGAACCUAAAAUUAGUAGCUGCUGAUGCAGGGAGGAAAUAGUAAGAAAACCACAACAGCCAGGCAUUAACAGGGAGAAAAUGAAAGUAAUAGAAUAUCUUUUCUGUCAUUCUUUUCUUUUUGAAACUUUAAAUCCAUAAAAUAAGAAGGCAUGUCAGUCUUCUUACAAUCUGGGAAUGAUUUUUUUUUCUGUUAAAACAAAUUGUUAAUGCUACUUACCUUUAGGGAAUUUUUAAAAAUCCUUAUAUACGUAUCUCAGACUAGAUAAAUUCUCCUUAUAUCACAAGAAAAAGAGGGUAUUUUUAUGAUUUAAUAAAAACUUAUAGCACAUGUUUCGUAUGAUUUCUCAAAAGUAAGUCCCAUUGCUUGGAUUCACACAUCAUGUACACAUAAGGCACACUCUUAACAAUGUUUUACAGAACAAAACAUAUUGCUUCACACAUAAUAGAUAAACCAUGCUUUAGAAACCACCAUCGCAGAUAUAUCACACAUUACAGAAAGCUGAAAACAGGCCCCAGGUUUAAGAUGAGGUAGGGACCUUGUAUUAAUUGAUACUGUUGCUUACUAUGUAUAUUCAGAUAUAUAAUCCUGCCUGUGAAAGUUUGUGAAUUAAACUCCAUCUCCAAGUUUCAA